AUGACCAGCAGCGCAAAGGACGGUGAGGUCCUCACACUUGACAACUUGGAGUCUGCGCUGGCCGAUGACACCAAGGUCAAGCUUGCGGGCAUUGACAUCGACGGCAUUCUCCGGGGCAAACUGAUAUCCAAGAAGAAGUUCCUCUCCGUUGCCAAAGAUGGCUUUGGCUUUUGUAGCGUUGUCUUCGGCUGGGACAUGCACGACUUGACCUAUUUCCGCGAACUCAAGAUCAGCAAUAAAGAGAACGGGUACAAAGAUCUCAUCGCAAAGAUCGACCUGGGCAGCUAUCGUCGCAUCCCAUGGGAGAACAAUGUGCCCUUCUUCCUGGUCAGCUUUUGCGACCCAGACACCGGCAAGCCCAUCAGCGCAUGUCCCCGGAGUUUACUGAGGACGGCUGUCGCGAAGCUGCACGAUGCCGGUUAUGGCGCAAUGGCUGGGACUGAGUUCGAGUUCUUCACAUUCCGUGCCCCUCGCGAUCCCUCAAUACAGACCAACCACUUCUCGUCUGCCACCACGGCUCCUUUCCUCCAGACUCACGCCGUCGACAGUCUUCCCCAUCUCACGCAAGGGAUGUUCGGUUACUCCUUGACCGACCCCGUCCACAACCAAGACUGGUUCUACGACAUAUACGAGACGUGUGAAAAGUUCCGGGUGAACAUCGAAGGCUGGCAUACCGAGUCCGGACCGGGUGUGUUCGAGGCUGCCUUGGAGUUUGGGGAAGUCACGGAGAUGGCGGACAGAGGAAGUUUGUUCAAGUACGUUGUCAAGGCCAUGGGGAGCAAGUAUGGCAUCACGCCCUCCUUCAUGGCAAAACCCAAGCAAGGCCUGCCGGGGAAUAGCGGACACAUGCACUGCUCCAUCGUCGACAAGUCGGGCAAGAAUCUCUUCUACAGGGGUGAGAAGGACCCAAACCCACCCUACAAAGACCUCGAAUACGUUUCGGAUCUCGGCCGUCAUUUCCUCGCAGGACUAGUGGACGGUCUCGCCGAUGUCAUGCCAAUCCUAGCACCGACAAUUAACUCUUACAAGCGACUGGUUGAGAACUUCUGGGCUCCUGUCACCGUGUCGUGGGGUUUGGAACACCGAGCAGCAUCCAUUCGACUGAUUGCUCCUCCGACGGCAUCGGCGAAAGCAACCCGGUUCGAAAUUCGAACGUGUGGUGCUGAUUGCAAUCCGAGUCUGGUCCUUGCCACGAUCGUAGCUUUGGGCUGGAGAGGUAUUGAAAAGAAGAUGGAGAUUGGCCUGCCGCCCCUAGCCAAGGGCGAGGAUGUGGGAAAUGUCGCUGACAAAGGUGAAAGGCUGCCCAAGAAUCUCAAGGACAGCACGGCAAGGUUCAUGGCCAAAGGGAGUGUUGCUCGCGAGAUCUUCGGAGAUGACUUUGUGGAGCAUUACGGUGGCACUCGAGAGCAUGAGUUGCGAUUGUGGGAUGAGGCUGUCACCGACUGGGAGGUAAGAAGGUAUAUUGAGACCGUAUGA